AGUUGAUGCCCGCGCGCCGGACGCUUCGGACGUGCCUCGCAGGAGCUCCGUUGACUGCCACCGUGGGCCGCCUUCACUGCCGCACGGAAACGCAAGGCCGACGUGACCUCUCUUCGACAGCGGCAAUUCGUCGUUGGACCCCUCUGCAGUCGUCGCUGUCAAAGCACCGUACACAGGCACGAUUGCCGGGCGCGGCCGUGAAACGAAGUGAGGAACAAACUCUCUCGUUGGCUCCUCCGCGCUGCAGGACGUCGAAAUUUUGGUCGUUCGCAGCCAUUCCAAUUGCAUAUACUGAGAAAGGGAAAAAAGGGGGUGCAAGAAGUUGUCAGUCACUUUUUUCUUUGUGUGCGCUGGCGAAAGCGAAGUUCUCGAACUGGCCCAGAAGUUGGUGUUCGGACCGUGGACUUUAACGCGAGAGUGGCGGAGAAAACGCUGAAAGGAGGCACGUGUUGCUUCGCUCGAGCGUAGAUCGGCAUCCUCAUUGUAGAGCCAGGAAAUCACCGUGGACGACUUCACUACUACUAAAACUCAGAGACCACCGAAUGACUGGCCUUUAUUGAGAGCCUUCACGUAGAGGGUCGACCAUGGCGAUACGGAGCCAAGGAGCGCUGCCCCUCUCUGGCCCGGAUGUUCGCGCUCUGCGCCGCAGGUUCCACUGCCGAUGAACGCAGGCAGCUCUCCAUGGUUCAUCGUGCGCGGAAUUGAGCACUGAAGAAGAGAAGACAGCUCACUUGACCAAGGCUGGUUGCUUCGUCAUCACCGGAGAACAGCAUGCCACUCGGGCAUCUUCGCAUUUACUUUGUUGCUUCCUUGCUGGCGGCUGGAGCAGUGUGCAUGGUCUCGGCGCGGAGGAACCCGUACGAAAAAGGUCCCGGUACGUGCCGCAUGGAGAGCCAGCUGUACCUGGAGCCGCACGUGUUCAGCAGGCUGACAUCGGCGCGUUGCUACAAGUACAUGCCCAGCCUGGCCUUCAAGAAUGCCUCCAGGCUCACGUAUUGCCGCAAGGGUUGGCUCUGUCGAGGCGAGUGCGAAGGUGAGUGCUUCCAGCCGUACGGCAACGACAGCGACGUUCAGGUUCUGGAGACCUUCAAGAAGGGGCUCUAUGCCGGCCGCUGGAAGAGCUGCUGUCAGGCGGCGCGCGAUUGCUGCCAGGAGAUGAUUGCGGACGAUCAGGCCGGGCUGAGUGCGACAAAAGAUGGACUUCACUGUCCCGCCACGUGGGAUGGCUGGACAUGCUACAAGGACACUCCCGCCGGGACAACCGUGCAGAAGCCAUGCCCAGCGCACGCGUACUUCAUCACCGAGACGCCGCAGUGCAUCAAAAUGUCGAAGAAAACCUGCUGGGAGAAUGGCACGUGGUUCUACAGCCAAGAGUAUGGCAAGGAGUACACUUUCUACGACUGCGGCUCACUAGAGUACCACCGCUCCAUGACUAUCUUCUCCAUCGUGCUCCAUUCCCUGUCCGUCGUCGUCCUGGUGCCCGCAAUAGCCAUCUUCUCCGUCUACAAGCAACUGCAAGUGCACCGCAUCUCGCUGCACAAGAACUUUUGCGUCGCUAUGGUGCUCUACGACAUCAGCGUCAUCCUUGUCGACGCUGUUUUCAUACUGGACCACGUCAGCGAGGAGAAAAACAUACGAGUCAACGAGAACCCGAACCUCUGCAAGGUGCUCUACACCCUCUCUCGCUACUUCCGGCUGUGCCAGUACGCGUGGAUGUUCUGCGAGGGCUUCUACCUGCACAAGCUGAUCGCCUCCGCAUUCGCCGAGCAGAAGUCGCUGCUAGUCUUCUACGUCAUUGGUUGGGGUUGUCCCGCUAUUUUCGUCAGCAUCAGCGCCGUCCUGCGAGCGGUGCGUAUUGGACACCCCUGCUGGAUGGAUAACGUCGAAGGAUACAACUGGAUCACUCUGGCUCCAGGUCUCUUCUGCCUGUUUGCAAACUUCGUCUUUCUGUGCAACAUCAUCCGCGUCCUUGUCACCAAGCUUAGGAGCACCCACGCAAAUGAGCCUAGCCAGUUUCGGAAAGCCGUACGUGCUGUGCUGGUGCUGUUCCCCCUAUUCGGCAUGCACUUUCUGAUGACGGUAUACCGGAGUCCAGCCAACUGUGGAGCCUGGGAGAUCUAUCAGUACAUCAGCAAAGCAUCCGACGGUUUGCAGGGAUUUUUCGUAGCUGUGAUAUUCUGCUAUCUCAACGGAGAGGUGCUGUACCUGUUGAGGCGCUCGUACGGUCGCUACCGGCUACAGCGGGGCUUCUCAAGCCGGAGGGGCAACAGCCUCGCCAUGACCCGCAUGUCCGUGUCCACGCACGUCACAUCGCUAGGCGACUCGCUCAACCCCAACAACGGCUCCGUCAAGAAGUACUCCUGCGCACGCAACGGCGACACUGCACCCGAACAACAGCCCUUGAACUGAGCCGCCUUCUUUGACUGUCGAGCGCUGCAACCACACAAACUUUCCGGCAGCAGCCAAGUCGGCGCUCUGCUUUGUGCCAUUGCCCCAUCCCAUACUGUUUAAGGAACACAGACAUUGUCUUGCUGGUGGAGGCGCCAUCGGAGUGCAACGCCUUUUCUUCAAGGGACUGCAGAUUCCUCCCUUUCUUAUAUUGAAAAGGGGGGGGGGGGGGGGGCUAGUUAACAUGGCGUGUCAGCAGCGAAGCCACGUGAAACGGGACGGAACAUCGCCACUCAUGAUGGAGGAUGUGCUCAUGCACUGUGGCCAGUUACGCUAUGGAAAAGAACGCAACGCCGCCCCUUAUGCUGGUGGCGUGGUGGUGUUCCUUCAACUAUGUGCUUAUCCGGGACGUCGAACGACGCCAAGCGCAACGUUGUCACUUAGUUUGUGCAGUGCGGCCGUGUUGCUUCAGACGUACGCUGACCGCUGACUACCGUAUGAGACAGGAUGUAAUUCUGUUUCCUAAGGCAUCCAUGUUGAUGCAGACAUGUGUGCCAAAGAGACUUGGGAGCUUCUUACUGACAUUUGUUUAAUGUCCUGGUGAUGAGGGGAUUGUGGUUGUGCUGCCUGAAUGAGGAACUCUGUACCCAUGGCCUAAGCGGUGAAUGUACUCAAAUAUUUUUUGGACUACUGCUGACUGCACUCGUUCAAAACAAGAAAGAAAGGGCGCUAAGCUGUUUCCGUCACAAAUGUGUUCUCAUACCUCGAAACGUCAAACUUUUUCUCCCUUCUUAGUGACAAACGGACUCGAGUGCAUAUGGAAAGUAAAUGUGUCGCAGAUUGGAGACGCUGGCAACAUCGUGGCAUGUGUGCGACAACUGGGAAAAUUCGUUCGAGCAUUUAACGCUAAAUUAACCGAAUUAUUACUCAUCACUUUCUGAUAAUUACUCGCUCAGCCCACGUUCAGCGCUGAAAUGACGCAGCCGUUGCGCUGAAGACAACAAUACUCGCAGCAAAACUCGGGGAACAGAGCAUACGGAACUCUGCCUAGAAAUAACACUGUAAAUCUCUUCACCCUAUAAAUAGCUGGCAUAAUGGCCACUGGUGAGAAGAUCGAACUGACAAGAAUGAACGAUAAUGAUGGUGCACUCGACGCGGCGUUUUCGCCGCCUCGCAGUCGACGGAUCUGUCUGUGUGCUGAGGAUAUCAUAUUGACACACGUGACCGACACCUCUGCGUAGUGAUCGGUCUGACGAAGUACGUGUUUGGGCAUAAGGACAGUUUCAGAACGCACAUAUCGCUUUCUCACGUUUUAUUCAUCGUGUGUAUAAUAUAACUAUGUCAAUAGUAUUCAGAACGUCCCAGCAAACCUGUUGUCAUCCUCCCUUCGCUCCCAUUGAGUUCCACAUACCAAAAUACGUUCCUAGAACUGACCAUCGUCCAUAUCUGUCCUUGUGGAUUUAGCGAAUCCUAGCAGAACUUCUUGCGGGAUGAGUUGGUGCCCUUGAGUCAUAGAACAAGGGCCAAAAAUGAAUUAGCCCGUAGACAGGCGACGAACGAAACAAAACACACAUACGAGGAAAGAGGUACGAAUGAUUCUCUUGCCUUUUGUUUUUGUGACCGUUCUUCGUGGGGUUACGAACUGUGACGAUUGUGCAAUCGAUAUUAUGGUGGUUUCGGAGUUAGAAAUAAUGGGUACAUUGUUGAGCAGGCUGUUAAAGGUUGUGUGCAAGACCUAUCGCUGUUUAUUGUGCGUGUAUGCGUGCGUGUGUGCGUGCGUGUGCGUGUGUGCGCUUGUGUAUGUGUGUGUUUAAAGAAACUUGCUGCAAGUGAGGAUUACGGAAGCCCGCUUCCUUUACGAAAGAACGCAAGCAGCGCGCAAUAAGAUGUCACUGGCUUUCCUGUCGUUUCUGUUAGCAGGCCCGACAUUGUGAUAACCUUACAUUAUACCUUGACACGUUCAGAAAUCAACGUCCGGUUUCCGAUUGAAGACACUGAUUAAAGGUUUAUGUUCCGA